AUGGAGUCGAAACCUUCAGAGAACAAAAUCACAAAACCCAAAGACAGAGAUUUUCUAAACCAUCUCGAAACAUACCUCGCCAAGAGAGAUGGCGUCGACAAGCUCCUGAAGAUCUCUCGUUACGCAACAAAAAUCAUCCUCGCAUCUUCACUGAUCCCAGAAUCCGGAUCCCUAACCACCAAACUCAAGAGCUUCGAAUCGAGCGUCGGAGUCAGCCGCAAAGCCUUCCGUCUCGGGAAAUUCGUGCAAGACAUCAACGCGCUCAGAGCCGCUCCAUGGGACUCGAAUCGCGAGCUCCUGAUACUGAUCGUCGCCUACGGCGGCGAAGGAUUCUACUACUUCGUCGAGCAAUUCAUCUGGCUGGCGAAAUCGGGAUUGAUCGACGCGAAACACUCGAAAUGGCUGCAGAGACUCAGCGCCUGGGCUGAAUUGAUCGGAUACGUUGGGAGCGUUUCGUUGAAAAUUAGGGAUUUGGGGAAGAUGAAGGAAGAGGAGACUUGCGUUGCUUCGACGAUUGAGAUCUCUGUUUCGAGAGGGAUUUCUUGUGAUGGAGAAGAAGAGAAGAUGAAGAAGCUCAAGGAGAAGAAGACAUUGAAGGUGUUGUCGAUUCUUCAAGAUCUCGCUGAUGGGUUAAUGACGAUUGCAGAUCUUAGAGAUGGUAAAGGAGUUUUAUCAGCUCCUAAUGUGAUUUCUUCUGCAGGUUUGUUCUCAGCUCUUAUCAGUACUCAUAAGAACUGGAUUUCUUGUUGA